AUGCCUCCAACAGCGGGAGAAGGGAACAAGGGGAAAACUGUGCUUGUCACUGGCGGCUCCGGCUUUCUUGGCAGUCACGUUGUGGACCGUGCGAUGCGUGAGGGUUACAUUGUUGUCGUUGUUGACAACUUGUAUACGGGUAGGAAGCAGAACACUGCCCACCACAUCGGCAAGGACAACUUCCACUUUGUCCAGCACGACGUUCGCUAUCCUUACCCAGAGGAGGUGCUGCGACACAAGUACAGCUACAUAUUCCACCUAGCCAGUCCAGCGUCUCCUGUGCAUUAUCAGGCGGAUUGCAUCGGCACAACACUCACCUGCGUGAACGGGACAUACCACUCCCUGCUGCUGGCACAGCGAGACGACUGCCCGGUGCUCAUCGGGUCCACUUCAGAGGUGUACGGCGACCCGCUGCAGCAUCCACAAACCGAAGAAUAUUGGGGAAACGUGAACUGCACUGGCAUACGCAGCUGUUACGAUGAGGGAAAGCGAUGCGCAGAGUCGUUGUGCUUUGAUUUCCACCGGAAGCACGGGGUAAAGAUCCGCGUCGCCCGUAUUUUCAAUACAUAUGGCCCACGCAUGUGUUUUAAUGAUGGGCGAAUCAUAAGCAACUUCCUUGUUCAGGCGCUUAGGGGUAACGAUAUCACAGUGUACGGGACAGGCGAGUACACUCGUUCGUUUCAGUACUGUGACGACCUCGUGGAAGGUUUCUUUCGUUUGAUUCAGCACCCUACCGAGAUUGGGCCCGUGAACCUUGGCAACCCCGACGAGCACACGGUGCUAGAGAUGGCGCAGGUGGCGCGGGACAUGGUGCCUGGCACCAAGUCACAGAUUGUGUUCCUGCCGCCUGCGGCAGACGACCCGAAGCAGCGGCGCCCAGACAUCACCAAGGCGAGCCGUGUGCUUGGCUGGGCACCCGUCGUGCGGCUUGCGGAGGGCCUCCGGCGCACCGUCGAUGAGUUCGCCGAGCGCAUAAGUAAGGGUGAGUAG